CACAGAUGACUCUCCGCUGACGAGUCAAGUCUUGUGGACCACAUAAACAUCUGGACCUCAUCAGCAAAACCACUCAAGUCCCGACAAGUCUUGCUUGGACCUGCUGAACCACCAGAUAGAAGAAGAAGAAGAAGAAGAAGGUGGAGGGGCGGGUUUUCUGCUGCUGACUGGAAGACUUUGAGAAGAAGACAAGAUGGUUCUGAGGAAGAAGAAGAUGAAGUUGUUCUGUACUCUGGUCUUCAUUGUGCUGCUGCCGUGCGUCUUCAGCCUGGCGUCAUCUCCUCAUUCCGCUGAAGAAUGUUCUGGCAUGUCCAUGCGUCUUCGGGCUUUCCGGCUAAAAGUGUUGUGCAACGUGACAACUCUAAAGGAGAAACAGCUGAAGGACAUCCAGGCGCCGACCGCCGUCUUGUACUUGCCGGUUCUGUACCUCCUGGCCUUGGUGGUGGGCCUUCCAUCCAACCUGCUGGCUCUUUGGAUCCUGAUCUUCAGAACCAAGCGGCUUCCAUCCACUACGCUGCUCAUCAACCUGACGGCCGUCGACUGCCUGCUUCUGCUGGCGCUGCCCUUCCGGAUCAUGUACCACUACCGGGGGAACCACUGGGAACUGGGCGAGGCAUUCUGCCGCGUCAUCAUGGCGAUGUUCUACGGGAGCAUGUACGGGUCGGUGCUGUGUCUGGCGCUGGUGGCUCUGGACCGCUACAUCGCUUUGGUUCACCCGUUUGGUGCCAAGAGUCUACGCAGUCAGCGAACGGCGGUGUACAUGACGGCGGCCGUGUGGGUGGUACUCCUGGCGGCGAUGUUGCCGCUGCUGAUGUCGCAACAGACGUAUGCGGUGGACCAGCUGUACAUCACCACCUGCCAUGAUGUUCUCCCCCAAGACGAGCAAGAAAACUUCUUCCUGCCAUACUUCAGCACUUUGUUUACGCUUUGCUUCCUGUUGCCCUUCCUCGUCAUCCUCUUCUGCCAUUGCAGCAUCCUGCGCACCCUGCUGGCCGAAGGCAAGCGCUACGCCCACGCCAUCUGGGUGACACUUUUGGUGCUGCUGGUCUUCAUCGUCUGUUUGCUGCCUAGCAACAUCCUGCUCCUGCUCACCUACGCCGACAGCUCGCUGGACGGGAACGGCGGGGACCUCUACAUGCCGUACAUGCUUAGCUUAGCUGUUAGCACCUUCAGCAGCUGCAUCAACCCCUUCAUCUUCUACUAUGUGUCGGCCGACUUCAGGGGCAAAGCCAAGAGUGCUCUCUGCUGCCACGAAAACCCUCGCCCACCGAUCCAUCUACAGAACAAAGUGUCCUGCUCAUCGACGUCAUCGGGCCUGAGGUCAAAAGUCACACUGCUGUCCAUCUCCAGUCUGCGUUCGGUGCCCGCGACGAGACAGCCUCUUUCUAUCACAAACGCGGUAUAGGGUCG